CGGCUUUUAAAGCCACGGCCAAACGCGCUUUGUCUACUCUUCAAUCUCUUUUCUUUUCUUUUUUUGUUUCUUACCCUCUUCUUCCGAAUUUCAUUUCUUUAACAGCAAUGGCGGAAUCAAAGACAAAAAUAGCAGAGAUAAGGGAAUGGAUCGUAGAACACAAGCUUCGUACCGUCGGUUGUUUAUGGCUGAGUGGGAUCUCUGGUUCAAUCGCCUACAACUGGUCUAAACCUGGUAUGAAAACCAGUGUCCGAAUCAUCCACGCCAGGCUACACGCGCAGGCUCUGACAUUAGCCGCUCUAGCUGGAGCAGCUGCAGUGGAGUACUACGAUCACAAAACUGGAGCCACCGAUCGCUACCCCAAAUUUCUCAAGCCCGACAACUUGACUAAAGACUAAAAAAACUUCUUUAUUUAUCAUGCAUUGGCUGAUGCCUAUUCUGUUACUGUAGGCAUACUGUUGCUAGUGACAUUUUUUCAUUAACUCUGGGUUAUAUAAUCCCCGCAAACUUGGCGAUUGUUUGCAAAAUACGGUAUGCUAAAAUGUAAGAGGUACUUGCAGAAAGUUAUAUGAAUAAAAUUGGACUUCCAUUCCGCUUA